CUCAAUCAUGGAUAUUACAACACUGAAUUUUGAUGAGGAAAAGGAAGAAAUCAAAAAUGUGAUUAAGUCCUGAGAUUUCAUAGCAAUGGAUACUGAGUUCACAGGCCUUGAUAUAGGAGAAAAAGCCAAGAGAAAUGAAACUGAUAGUUCAAAGAAGUUAUAUAAGAAGCAUAAGUUUGUAUGUGAAAGAUUCCAAGCCAUCCAAAUCGGUCUGUGCAUCUUCAUCUGGGACAAAGAGUCCAAAGGGUAUGUGAGCUAUCCAUAUAAUUUCUAUGUGCUUCCAACUUCGCAGCUAGAGGAUCAAAGCACCCCUAUGAAAUUCGACGCUGAGACUUGUGGAUUCCUUCAGAAAUAUAAGUUCAAUUGGGACUUGCUAUUUAAAUAUGGAAUUUCUUAUAAGCAAAAAUCAAAGAGAGAUGAGAUAAGUGAAAAAUUAGGUUAUGCAGUCCGUGAUGGAUUUGUCUCGGCAAGAUCAGGUAGCUUCAUGUCUAAAAGAGGAGCUAAAGCAUUGAAAAAGUAUUGUUCAGAUGUACAUGAUUUCUGCUUUGAUACUAAUAGAACAGAACUGAGGAUCAAAGAACCAAGUGUUUUAAUCCAGAAAGAGCUACGAAAGAAGAUCUUCAGACAAUUAAACUCAAAAGGAUGCUUAGAUAUCUCCAAAAAUUCAGAGAAUCCAGAUGAACUUGUGAUUUCAAAGAACUCGAAUUUCAAGCCUGAUAACUUCUGCUGUAUAAAUUCAGAUGACUCAGAGGAAGAUACAGCCACUAGUAAUGUUCAGAACACUGAAUUAUACGAUCAGGCUGAAAAAGCCCAGAAGAAGAUGAAUAGAAUAAAGCAGAAAGAGACUGCAGAGAAGGAGCGAACCCUUUUCUGUAAGGAAUAUGGCUUCACUGAAAUCAUUGAAACUAUGACUGAAUCUAAGAAACCUAUUAUUGGUCAUAAUUGCUUCUUUGAUAUGGUGUAUCUAUUCAGGCAAUUUAUAGCCCCUCUUCCUGACAACUUUGUUGAAUUCAAAACCCAAUGGAGGAAAGAAUUCCCAGAGACCUAUGACACUAAGCAUCUUAGCCAUGCUUUGGGUGCCUUUUCAGAGUCUGGGCUUGGAAGAGUAUACCAAGAGUGUGCUAAUUUACCGAAGUUCAAAAAUAUCUUGAGGAUCAAAAUUCAGGAUCGCUUCGAACGCUAUAAGACAGAAACAAAGUGUCAUGAAGCAGGAUAUGAUGCCUAUAUGACAGGAUUCGCCUUCGCUGUUAUGUGAAAAUACAGAGAGAUUCAGGCAGAAUUUGACCUUGAGAAAACUGAACUAGGAGGCAUUGAUCUGGAUAUCAAUGCUGAAAAUACUGAUGAUGGUGAAGGAGACGAGAAACUUCGAACAAGCAUAAUAAAGCAAAGAAGAAAUGAACCAAUCAAUACAAAAUUUUUAGAACCUUAUAAUCUUAAGGUGGCCAAGUUCCAAAGUGGCAGUAAAGUUUACUAUCUUGGUGAAGGAGAGAUAAAAGACGAUAAAGGUAUUAAAUCAUCAAAGAAAAAGAAAGAACAAGCAGAGAAAUUAGGAAAAAAUGCUUCAUUCGAUAAACUAAAAACCCACCUUGACCAAACCAAAGACAUCCAAAUCAAAGGGAAAACCGCCUCCGGAGUCUGCGUCCAAAUCAAACACAUCCCUUCCGGCCACUGGACCUCCCUCUCCUCCUUCAUCACCCACAUAAACACCACCCCACACCUCUCCUCCAAAGCCACCCUUUAUUCCUCCCAACUAACCCCUAAUUCCUAAUAUUCCUUAACCCCAAAA